AUGAUGACUGCGAAAGCUCCACUGGAAUACACGAAGGUGAUCGUCGCCUCCCUCGACUACACGAAUGAAGGGCUCGCUCGUGUCAUUCUCAGGAAAGCGCUAACCUCCACCUCGGAAGCUUCGAGAAAAUGGGCGACGAGAUACCUGGCUGUGCUUGCUUCUACAGAUCUUCCGAUGUUCUCCGACUGGGGAAUCCAAUUGAUGUUGAGACAGCUAGCCGACGAAUCUUCAAAGGUGGUCCGUCACGUCAUACGUCUUCUGAAUCGCUGGCUCCCUGAGCACCCGUCCAGAAAUCUUAGAAAAGUCGAAUGGUCUUUGUUUGGAGAAGCUGGGGACCUACUGAAAGCGCACAUCUACGCGAUGGAAUCGGAAUGUGCUUCUGACGAAGAUGAAGUUCGCGAAGUGGUUCAUUUUUGGAUGAAAGAGUUCAAUAAGAAGUAUCUGCAAAUCAUAGAUGAGGAGAUGAAAGAGCUGAUGUUCCACGUCAAGCGAAGUCUUGAUGGAUCCUUCUCGAGAGUUAGUUCUGAACGCCCGGACACUUCUCUCGGAGUCCUUGCCCCUCUUCACCUGUUUGCAGCCCUAGGAAAGCACGAAACCGGACGGCGCAUUCUGAUUGAAGAGAAUGUUUGCGAAGAUCUGUUGAGAGUAUGCAGUAGCGGAAAGUGCUUCGAAGGAGUGAAGUCCAGUCUUCUGGCUGUAGCGAGUAUUGGCAGCACAGACGGAGGUUUCGAGAUCUUGCCGGUUGACGCAGUUCCCGCAGUUAUCAAGAUCGCCGAAGAGCACAGUGUCCUGACAGUUCGCGGAAUCGCAUUUUGGGCACUUGCCACAUUCUCGCAAUGCAUCGAGGGAGCGAAACGAGUCGCCGCUUUCGGAUGGGAAUGUAAUCGAUUCCGUUAUGCGAGUGAUUUGGCGAAAACCAAAGCGUCGGAGGAUGAGGGAACAGCGUCUACCCCCGCUGCAGGAACGGCUGCCGGAAGUGUCAGUUCGGCCUGGAGGGUGGCCAGGAAAAUCACCCAUCAACAUCACCGACACUCAUCAAUUCUCGAAGUGAGUGAUAGCGUUUUAGUAGUUAUCAAACUUUUAUUUUCAUUCCAGGUUCAAAUCCACGGAAAGCAGAAUCGCGCAAAGUCCGAAAGCGCUUUGGUGCGAAGAGGACACAGUAAAGGCCGCCCAAGAAGUCGUUCUGAAGGAGACAUUCAAUCGGUUUCUCCGAAAAGAUCAUCAAAGAGCAUUGAAAUCUGCUGCUUACAGAGACUGUGGAACAGUGAACUGUACUUGUACAAAAGCAGUGGCACUUCAGAGUAGAAAGUGUUUAGUUUUUUAUCUUCAUCUCUUCAAUUUUUCAGCAGCUCCAGUAUUCCGUAUCACAAACGCACGGUGACCAACUCAAGUUCUGGACAUCCGAUGCACGAAGAAGUGAUUGUUACCGUAUCCCCAGCAGUGAAUCAGCAGCCAGAAGAGCUCGGGAAGUCAGCUGCCACCUCGCGAUUGUCGACUGAUCGAAGAAGAGCAAAUACGACGAGUUCAUUGUUUGAUGAAGAGGAAGCUCCGAAGAAUCGUGCGUCCACAGUAGUCAGAUGCAUCAAAGACGGCCUGAAAAUAUCAAGUGAUCAGUUGGAAGCAGAAGGAGUGUUGGCUGACACAAUUAUGGAGCCACACUUCUCUUGUCGUCUCCGAGAAAAGUAUCAUCUGCUUCCGUUCCGUGUUCGCUCUUGCCUUCAAAUCAACAGACACGUCGGAGAGCCCGUUCGCUAUAUCUUCAUGACGAAAGAGGAGGUAUCAUUUGAAUUCUGAAUCUUUAGGGACUUUUGUUUUCAGGAGCGUCAUUUCGCAGAUUAUCGACGUCAAGUGAUGAACGAUCCCUGGCUGUACAACGAGCUGCUCAAGGAGGACAACGCAGUCAAGAAAACUAUCAAUGUGGUGCCCCUGCAGACAGUCGCGCUCCCGGCAGAAAUCGAAAUAAUGUGCGGAAACAUAUUCCCGGCAAAACCGAAAACUGAUCUGAUAUUCUCAUUCGAAGAAGAGAACGAGACUGCCAGCGUGGAGGACAGAGGAGCCAGAACGGGACACGCGAGGAGUGGAAUACACAUUCAGUCGCACUCUACUUACAGAUGCUUUCAUUGCAGCAGCAAUGAAGACAAAGGUUGGAUAGGGAUGAUCUAGAUUGAAUUUAAACUAAUCCAUAAUGUUUCAGUGAGGACAUAUCCACAUGCGGACGCGCCACAACUCAGAAAAGAGGUCCUCAGUCAAGUGGAUAUGCUUGAGAUCAAAGAGUAUCCAGUGAAACGGCUGAUUGGGUUAGAAGACAACAAAUGAAUUGACAGCAAAUUUGUUUCUUUCAGGCUCCGCCAACACCAUCAGUGGCUCUUUGAGUGGCCGUGCAUGUACGCGGAUGUGCUCGAACUGCUCGACGAGUAUCGUUUCAAACCGCACUCACGAGCCUUCCUCCAGCAAAUUUCUACGACGCCCUCCAAUUAUAAACGUAUUUCUCACUGA